CCUCGGGGUGCCGCCGUCUAGACCCACCCAGACUAGACCUGUUUCGUUAGUGUCAACGUCGUGUCAUCCUAGCAUGUGUGGUAUGGGAUCGUGGAGCUGGGGCGGAUGGUAGAUCGAGAAAUGCCCCAAUAUUACCUAUUCGGUCCACGACGGAUUAUCCCAAAAGCACGGCGUACCUUGCCUUGUGAUCCCCCCCCCUCUCCACAGCCCCUGUACUCAUUACUUAUGGUCUCCGUCAUCCAAGCGUCUGGACUUCAUCUAUAUCUAUCCUUUAUCUCCUACUUUAUCCUUCUCUACCACCAUGUAUGUUCAGCUUCAUCGACAUCUUCUCUUCUUUCACUGAUUAGUCUCCCUCUACUCAGUCCUACUACUACAACUACAACUACAACUACUACCACCUUUUAAAUGGCCGACUGCUGGCAACCUCAAGCCUCUCUUCCAGGCUCCCACUGGUUCCCUCAAGGAAACCAACAAUGCUUGAACUCGGCCUUUCGUGACUUGGUCCACGCUUUCCCACGACCACGACACUCGGCUCGAGUGAUGAAACCCCGCAGCGCUGGCAGCAGUCCUUCCUCUGUGAGCAAGCGAAGGACGACAAUGCCUCACAGUUCCACCAUGCGCCGCCCUACUCAACCUCAACAAAACCAGUCGUAUCAGACUCCGUUCGAUGCCGCUCUGCUCGCCUCGGCCGUCCAAGAACGACGAUCUCGCCCCAUCAGCUGGCACCCUGCUUCGGCAGCUUCGACUGGAUACUCGAACCCUCAGUACUAUUCUGCCGCGACCACCGCUGACAACCUUGCCGCCAUGGCUAUGCCUUCGCAGCCCAUCAAUGGCUUGCCCUCGUAUGGAAACGAGAACAUGAUGUACCCGACCGAGGACCUGUCGCUUUCAAUGGAGCCCUUCCCCUCUUUCCCCGAAUUGCAGGGUACCGAUCCGAUGCAACAGGCAUCCUUUUUGCAGAUGAACAGCGGUUCGCAGGUCGACCCCGUUGCAUGGGAUGCUGGCACAUCCAACUUUCCCAUGUCCCAGCCCAUGUCCGAUGGCUGGGCAUUCGAUAUGAUGUCCAUGAACAACAGCAUGCCCUCCGCAGACGUCGCAGGAUCCAGCUAUGAAAGCGUCCCGUCUUCAGGUGGAUUCUCUGGACCAUCCACGCCUGAUUUCCUCCCGAUCCAGCAGCCUGACGACGAUGCCAAUGCUCUGUCGCAGUUGGCGGCCAAGAAGCCCGAGGAUGAACUUGUCGGAAUGGGUCUUUACAACAACCCUGAUGCUUUCAUGGAAAGCUCCCUCCAGGGACUAUCAGGAAAGGGCCUGAAGCUGGAGGAGACCUUUACCCCGUCUGCGGACGAGGAAAACAAGAACUCCGAAGACGAUGACGAAGACGACGAGGACGAGGAUGAGGACGAGGCUGACGAGACCCCGGCCGACAAGCAAGAGCAGCCAAAAACCGAGUCCUUCAAGCAACCAUCCAAGCCGUCUAUGCUUAACAAGUCCUUUUUCUUCGAAGACGACGAUCUCGAAUCGCAUGCUGUGACUGGUACACAGCCGCUGAUCAAUUUAGCAAGUCAACCUUGCAUGAACUAUGGAUACGGGUGGAUUUGAGCCUUUUGCAGCGAUUUAUUUUCUUUUUUUCUCCAUUUUCUGUUGGAUUCAUUGCAUAGCAUAGGAGUUUUUGUGGGUUUUAUUGGGCGUUUGCAUACAUGAACGGAUACCCCAAGGGAUGGACGAAUAUCGAUUUUGUACACGUAUUAGCAUUAGACUUGAACAUGUCGUACAUCGACAAAAAUAAGAAUAAGAACAAGAUAUCAGAAGACUGAUGGAACAUAUUGAACAUUUCGA